AUGUCAUCUAGUUGCUUCUUCUACCUGUUCUUAGCAAUUAAAGCAAGUGCUGUUCAUGCCACUUCAAGAACUCAUGAUUUUGGAAGUGGUGUUAGAUGUCCUCUUGGCUAUUUCCCUUGUGGGAAUAUCACAAAAUGUUUGCCUCAGCUUCUCCACUGUAAUGGAAUAGAUGACUGUGGGAAUCAAGCAGAUGAAGACGACUGUGAUGAUAAUAGUGGAUGGUCACAGCAGGUGGAUGUGAUUUACAAUGAAAGGAUAUCCCGAGACGCCUCUGAGGUGAAAACUAAUGAGUGCUUGACUGGUUCUGUGCCAACACAAUGUUUGUGCCGUGGCUUAGAGCUCAACUGCGAUGAUGCAAGUUUGCACACUGUUCCGUUGGUCUCUUCAAAUAUAACUAUGAUGUCGCUACAAGGGAAUCUGCUGGGAAGGCUUGUCACCAAUGGUUUCAAGAAGUAUCAGGACCUUAAAUACCUAUACCUUCAAAAUAAUAAUAUAAGCCUCGUGUCAGGACAUGCAUUCAGAGGACUCUACAAUCUGACAAAGCUAUAUCUGAGUCACAACAGGAUAACCUUUUUGAAACCCCGUGUCUUCAAAGAUCUACAUAAACUUGAAUGGCUCAUAAUUGAAAACAGCACAAUAACAUGUAUCUCUCCACUCACCUUUUAUGGGCUCAACUCACUUAUUCUCCUAGAUUUGUUGAAUAAUUUUGUUUCCCGGUUGCCUUAUAAACAUCUUUGUCAAUAUAUGCCAAGGCUAAACUGGCUGGACUUUGAGGGCAACCAUAUCCACAAUUUAAGAAAUGACACUUUCAUCUCCUGUAGCAGUUUAACUGUCCUCAUUUUGAGGAGAAAUGAAAUCAGCUCACUAAAUGAAAACAGCUUCUCUCAUCUUCAGAGAUUAGCUGAACUAGAUUUGGCUAACAACAAAAUUGAAUCACUUCCUCCACAUCUGUUUAAGGAUCUAAAAGAACUCUCACAACUGAAUCUUUCAUACAAUCCAAUCCAGAAAAUACAAAGAGAGGAGUUUGAUGAUGUUAUAAAACUUAACUCACUAAGCCUAGAAGGCAUAGAAAUUAAAAAUAUCCAAAGAAGAAUGUUCAGACCACUUAGAGAUCUUUCCCAUAUAUAUUUUAAGAAAUUUCAGUAUUGUGGCUAUGCCCCUCAUGUGCGCAGCUGUAAACCGAACACUGAUGGAAUUUCAUCCUUUGACAACUUGUUAGCCAGCAUUAUCCAGAGAGUAUUUGUCUGGGUUGUGUCUUCUGUCACUUGCUUUGGAAACAUAUUUGUCAUCUGCAUGAGGCCUUACAUUCGAUCAGAGAACAAACUCCAUGCCCUGUCAAUCAUGUCCCUCUGCUGUGCAGAUUGCCUCAUGGGGGUAUACUUAUUUGUGAUUGGAGCCUUUGACUUGAAAUAUCGUGGGGAGUACAAUAAGCACGCUCAGUUAUGGAUGGACAGUAUCCAUUGCCAACUGGUGGGAUCUUUGGCCAUUUUAUCCACAGAAGUAUCAGUGUUAUUACUAACCUACCUGACUUUGGAAAAAUACAUCUGCAUAGUUUACCCCUUUAGAUUCUUGAAGCCAGGAAAAUACAGGUCAAUUUCCAUUUUGGUUCUCAUCUGGAUUAUAGGGUUCAUAGUUGCUUUUAUUCCACUGAGCAAUAAGGAUUUUUUCCAAAACUACUAUGGUACUAAUGGGGUCUGUUUCCCUCUUCACUCUGAACUGUCCGAAAGUACUGGAGGCCAGGUUUAUUCUGUCAUAAUUUUUCUAGGUGUCAACUUGGUAGCAUUUAUCAUCAUUGUGUUCUCCUAUGGAAGUAUGUUUUAUAGUGUUCAUCAAACAGCCAUUUCUGCAAUGGAAAUCCGGAAUCAUGUGAAGAAAGAGAUGACUCUUGCCAAGCGGUUUUUCUUCAUUGUAUUUACGGAUGCACUAUGCUGGAUACCCAUAUUUAUACUAAAAUUGCUUUCCUUACUUCAAGUGGAAAUUCCAGGUUCUAUAACUUCCUGGGUUGUGAUUUUUAUCUUACCAAUAAAUAGCGCCUUGAACCCUCUUCUCUAUACACUAACAACUAGGCCUUUCAAAGAAAUGAUUCAUCAAACUUGGCAAAAUUACAAGCAAGGAAGAUCCUCAGGAAGCAGAAGCAGUCAGAAUAUGUAUGGCCCAUCAUUCAUCUGGGUAGAGAUGUGGCCUGUAGACGAUACCUCAUCAGAGUUGACAAAAACUGCCCAUUCCACAAAUUCCUCUAAAGGAUUAAUAACUACACACUCAGCAAAGCUAAAUGUAUAUACAUGA